AUGGAACUUCUAAUCGAUAAUCAACCAGCUUCUAUUGCAGCAGGGGUGGUAAAUGAAUAUGCAAGGGCCAAUGCUAAAAAUAUCGAGCUAUCAAAAGUUGCUGCGAAACAUUUGAAACUAAAAUUACCUUUGCUUGUAAAAGAUUCGACAAUUGAGUUCCCAUUGUCUAUUUUGACAACACUUUUAGAAGUCCAAAGAGUCGGACCUAUUCUUUAUGGUGCUAACUCUAUUGAAAAAGCCCAAACAAGUGGCUGGGUAGAAGCAGCCAACACGAUGCCGCCUAAGGAGUUUAUUUCACUAUUAGAAAACAAGCUUCUGACAAGGACUUUUCUGGUCUCCAAUCACAUCACGAUUGCUGAUAUUGCUGCUUAUGCAGUGAUUCAGCCUGUGAUUUUGUCACUUUCUAAUAGUGAAAGAUUACAGUACGUCUGUGUCUUAAGAUGGGCUUCACAUUUACAGUCCUUGCCUGGGUUAAAAGAAAAGCUGCCUCAUGUCCCAGUCCCUGAAAGGAGUUUUGAAGUUCCUCAUGCACUUGUUAAAGGGCCAGCUGUAGAAGAGCUGAAAGCACCUCCAAGCCAUAAGCUUAACCCAGAGGAUCUUGCACAUAGAAAGAGCACUGAUGAAAGAAGCUCUAAAAGAAGCAGCAUUCAUGAAGAGUUCAAGUCUCCUAAAGAAAAAAAGGCUAAAGAAGAUAAGAAAAAGGCUCAAGAAGAAACAAAAGCUCCUCAGGAAAAGAAAAAAGAAGAAAAUAAAGGUCCACAAGAGAAAAAGCCGAAAGGGGAAGCUAAACCUCAAGAGAAGAAAAAACCAGCUAAAGCUGAAGAAGCACCUGAAGAAGGCGGCGACGCAUUCCAAUACUUAGAACUCAGGGUUGGGAGAGUAGAAAAAGUAUGGAGACACCCAGAAGCUGACAGACUGUUCUGUGAAACUGUUGAUUUAGGGGCAGAAAAAAGAACAGUGGUAUCAGGACUUGUCGGACAUAUCACAGAAGAAGAAUUCACUGGAAAACUAGUUGUUUUGCUUGCCAAUUUAAAGAAAAGCAAACUUAAAGGUGUGGUCUCAGAAGCAAUGGUCUUGGCUGCCAAAAAUGAAGGAACAGUAGAGCUUGUUUCUCCUCCAAAUGGCAGUAAGCCUGGAGACCUGAUUUCCGUUGAAGGAAUCCCAUUCACCCCUUCGAGAAUUCUUCCUGAAAAGAAAAAAUAUUGGGAAACCGCUACAAAGUCUUUACUCCCCCCUCCAUGAGCGAACAAAACCAUAAGAAAAACGCCCAUUUUUUGCCCAAAAGCCCUUCGUGAGCAAACAAAAAUUUUUUUAAUAGAAAAUUUUUUAUGGAAAAAAUUUUUGAUAUAAAGUGAUAAUUAAUAUAAUAAAAUCUCUAUCUUAUUCUGUUUUAAUUUUAAUUAAAUUGAGCUUUUAAAACACAAAUUUUACUAAAUUACCAAUUUUUACAUUUUGGAAUUUUUUUAAAAUUUUUAAAAAGAAAUUUUAUUAUAAAAUUUAUAUAUAAUUUUUUUAAAAAUCAAAUUAACCCCCUCCAUGAGCGAACAAAAUUUUUUUGUUCGCUUACGGAGGGGGGAGCUAGGAAUUUCUCCUGAAGGAGUCAUCAUUUACAGAGAUCUACCAUUGAGGACUGAAAAUGGACCAUUGGUAGCCCCUACCCUUAGAGCAGGAAUAAUAUCCUAA